GAUUGGAUCAUCCUUCGACUCCUGAACACAAUUAAAUGUAGAGUUAGAAGAAAAAACAUACAAGAUCAGAAUUAAUAUUCUUCAACAGAAAUGCUCAGACAACUGUAUAGAACUACCACAGAUGAGUAUCAAUUUUGGCACAUUCAUAACCAGAUAGAAGACACCCCAUCUCCCAUAAGUGAUGUAGGUUUAUAUAUCACUCACUACCGACUCGGGAAGAAAAAUAGACAGCAACCUGUGUUAGUACAGAACAGAAAGCUUGAGGUAGGAGCUUUCUGUUUCUCUAGUUUUCUUCAUUCAACUAGAAAGCUUAUGAAUUUAAUUGCCAAACAUAUAUUCAUCAGUGACAAUCCCAAACUCCUCCACUCUAAGUCUCAAAAACAAUGCAAAUGAUCUAUCCAAUGAGAAUCAUUCAAAACUGGAAAUAAACAAGAUGGUACCUCCUCCUCUAUUUUCUUUUCAG